CCAAGGCGGUGGAGAGAGGAGAGAGGGAAACGCCUCGAAUCGACAGCUGACGACGAAACCGACACGACACCGACGACGUAGAAUCCCUCCCCGACAAGGAGACGCCACGAAGAGCAGACGAAUAACAUAGAAGAGCGAAUCAGACGACCCAAGGAACGACAUGCCCGGCAGAGGAACAUAAGCAAGGCGAAGGAGCGAGAGCGCAGACAGAGAAACUCACAGACAGCGCGAUACCCAGUCAGUCAGUCAGACCGACGGACGGACAGGGAUGUCGUCAAAGGGCAGCCCGCCGCUCUCGCCUCGACCUCUCCAGAGCACGGAGCUGGCUCCUCCUGCGGAACACGACAGGGGCAGUCAGGCGCCGAGCUCCAGAGGAGUCAGCAUCUCUUCUUACUACUUCAAUUCUCACGAUAGCGUCAUGAGCUCACCAAAGACAAGAUUGACCGGUGCCCCUCUUCGCGGUGGGGAGUCCAGCAGCGUUGGGGACAACACUUUGAGCAGCGCCGGUGCCAGCUCUGCUACCACUGGCAAUCCUUUGGAAUCCUCGUCGAGGAAUGCAUCAUCGUCAUUGACCAGCUCGCCGCGUAGGAGUGGACUGGAGGAACGGGCGCUUCAUGGAGGUGCUGGAGAGCAGACGCUCCACAGAAGGAACAGCAGCGUCAACAGGGGCCACGACGGAUCCUCAGACCCUCGAGGCCCUUUCCGUGAACAUUUCUCAGCCUGGGCUUCCGGGCUAAAUGUUGGUGGUAGUGGUGCUGUGGCGGCAGGCGGGCCAGUGCACCAUCACGGGACGGGCCAGGGCAGCGAGGCGCCUGAACUGGGCAAUCCCUUUGACUUUGAGAGCAACGAUGGUCCGCCUCAGAUCACUCUCUCCAACUUCGGAGACGAUGGAAUUUUGGAGAAGCACUCGAGGGGAGAGAGCUCCGCGUCUGCCGCGCCCGGCGACAUGGGCAGAGUCAUGCCCCAUCAAUACUCGUACGUUGAAACGCCUCGACAGAGCAUGUCAAGCCUCAAUCUGGGCUUAGAAAGUGGUCAAACGCCCGUCAUGGGCACCAGCGGCUUCGACUACGGCGGUGCCGCCUCAGGAGACGACGAUGCCGAAGAGGGUGCCGUCCUCACCUCACACCAGGCGCCGCAGCGGGGAUGGGAUCAAUUCGGAGCAAGGGAGCCGCUGACAGCGACAUCGUCCCAAGAUGAUUUACAUCGGCCCCAGUCUCAUUACUUUGGGGGUGGAAGGGUCGCCUCACCCUCGGCACUUGAAGAUGGCAGCCCUGGCGAGGGCAAGGACGAAGUAGGGGACAGAGUCAUGCAUCGCAGCAGCGCCCAUGUGUAUGCGGCCGCUGGUGGUGAUGCACCCGGAUUGCAGAGGGCGAGGUCGGGCCUCCAAAGGGUGGGCAAGUCAAUCAGGCGCAUCAGUCGCAGAGUCAUAGACCUCGACGGCCAAAGGCAAAGAGGCCCACACAUGCGCCUCGAGGACCGCCACGAUGGCGACGAAGACGACAGCGAGGACGAUGCCUUCUACUUGGCGAAUGCGGCCUCGCAGCAACAGCCUUCGCGUGACUCGAUGCUUCGGGGAAAGAGUCUUGGCAUCUUUGGGCCCGAGAGUCGGGUGCGGCAGACGCUGGCUAAGCUGUUGCAGCAAUGGUGGAUCGAGCCACUCAUUCUGUCCCUCAUAGUCCUCAACGCCGUGCUCCUCGUCAUUCAGUCUGCACCAAGCGUCUUCAAAUUUCCCCGCAAGCCAGGCUACUUUGACUAUUGGGUCGACUUUGCCCUCUUGGCCGUCUUUUGCAUCUUCACAAUCGAGGUCGUUGCUCGUGUCAUUGUAUCAGGCCUUGUCAUCAACCCACCACCACCAGCCUAUCAUCCUUCUUCCGCGUCUUUCAUCUCUACGACAACAUCGACUGCAUCAGCGCCUCAAUCGAGGACUUCGGCCCCUCGCGUUGUUGUCCACGAAGAGCAGAGUGGUCCAAAUGAAGACACGGGAUCAAAUGCAAAUGCACGACUGAUGGCGCACUCGCGACGGCAACAGUCGAGGUCCAACACCAUGGAUACCUUUGCCGGCCUGGGCGACUCGCUCAAGACGCGUGCUCAUGCAGUGCUCUUGCCCCGGCAGCGCGAGGCCGAAGCUGCAUCAGUCACGCCACCGCGGAGCCCCAAUCGGACCGACUUCUCGACGUCUAUCAAGGGACCCAGGACGGCCACCUCAGAGUACGUCCGCCAGGCCUUUCACAGCUCGUCAGAAGUCGGCGGCGUGCAAGAUGACAAGAUAAAUGGGGCUGUAGGAGGCCAGCCGAGAGCCGAAGCAGCGAAGGGGGGCUCGAAGUUGAUGCAGCAGGGCAGUAAGAUCCUGCCUUUUUCCAAGAUUGUCAGCGCACAGCGGGAGCAAACGACGCAAUACGCCUACCUUCGUCACAGUUGGAACCGAAUUGACCUGGUGGCUGUUGUGGCCUUCUGGGUCAUGUUUUUCCUCUGCAUUGUAAAGCAAGAGAUGACGCCAGCGCACCACAUUUACAUCUUCCGCGCCAUCAGCAUUCUUCGAUGCGCUCGGCUGCUCACCGUUACCAGUGGCACGUCGACGAUCCUUCAGUCCCUCAAAACCGCCGGUCCGCUCCUCGUCAAUGUCGCCUUCUUCAUCGUCUUUGCUAUGCUCCUCUUCAGCAUCAUUGGUAUUCAGUCGUUCAGAGGCAGCUAUCGACGCAACUGUGUCUGGGUUGGCGACUAUGUAGGCGAUCCUGGGACGAAUUUCACGCUGAGUCAAAUCUGCGGCGGUUUCAUCAAUCUGUCGACGAACGAAACCGUGGGCAGGGUAAACGAGCUUGGCACACCUAUGGCCAGUUCGGGUAAGGGAUUCAUUUGCCCUAGAGGCCAAGUCUGUGUCGAAACAGACGCGAAUCCCGAGAAUAAUACGAAGAGCUUCGACAACAUCUUCACCUCCCUUCUUCAGGUUGUCAUUGUCAUAUCCUCCAAUAACUGGUCUAAUACCAUGUACGACAUGAUCGACGCCGACUACUUUGUCUCGUGCCUCUACUUCAUCUUCGGCCUCAUCAUCAUGAACUUUUGGAUGGCCAACUUGUUCGUCGCUGUGAUCACGAAUACGUUUGCGUCGAUCUCGGCCGCGACGAAGCAGUCCGCUUUUGCAGCAAAGAGCAUCGAGCAGGCUACCAAGCCUAGGCUCGCUUCGACGUCGGAGGGCCAGCAGCGAAGGCAGCGCGUGGCCGACAGCUACAAGCGCUUCUGGCGGUACACAAAGUACCUCUGGCUCGCCCUCGUCGUUGUAGACCUGGGAGUGCAGGCCAGUCAGGCCUCGUAUCAUACCAAGGAGGAGAAGAGCAAGACGGAAACGGCCGAGAUAUACAUCACCGUUGCCUUUGAUGUCGAGAUCAUUAUGCGCUUUCUCUCGUUUCUUCUCGACAACGACUGGCGAGGCUUCUUCGUCAAGCGCAGGAACAGAUUCGACUUGUUCCUCGCUGUCAUUACCAGCGUCAUCCUCAUCCCGCCCAUCAAGAACUCCACCGUCUAUCCUUGGCUCACCCUCUUCCAGCUAAUGCGUUUCUACCGAGUCAUCGCGGCGGUGCCGAGGAUGGAAGCGCUGCUGAUCCGCGUUUUCGGAUCGAUGUCGGGUCUUUUCAACAUGAUCCUCUUCCUCAUGCUCAUGGUCGGUCUCGCCGCAUUGAUGGCAGCCCAGCUGCUCCGUGGCGACAUCCCGCAGGAAGACGACUCAGGCGAGGAGAUUGAGAUGAACUUCAAGCAAAUCUACAACUCCUUCUUGGCCAUGUACCAGAUCUUCUCGUCAGAAGACUGGACCACGCCGCUCUUUGCUGCGUUGUCGAGGGAGGGCCAGUACAAGCAGGCCGUUAUCGCGGGCAUCUUUAUCGCUGGCUGGUUCUUGUUCGCCAACUUCAUCGUCCUGCAGAUGUUCAUCGCCGUCAUUGCCGAGAACUUUGGCGUGGCUGAAGGACAGAAGAGGCAGCAACAAUUGGAAAUGUACCUGCGCAAGAUGGAGAAGCCCGAGGGCUCCUUGACGGGCCGAAUCUUGCACCAGCUCAGCCCUUAUCGAUGGUUGAGGGAACGCAACGAGGCGAAGAUAGGGAGGGGUGCGCCGACGGCAGAAAGAAAAAGAACUGGCGACGAAGCGGAGAAGACGGAUCGCAGACGAAGAAAGAGUCUCCAGGGGCUCGUUGCUCAAUCGAAAUUCCAACGCACCAUGGAGGUGGUAAGAAAGGCAUUACGGCUGGAUCGCCCAGAGGAGCAGGUACCGCUGGACACGCUGCGUGCUCGCCAAUUCAGGCAGUCAUUUUCGGGCGCCACGAUCCUCGGCGCCGCUGGUCGACCACCAUCAGCAUUUCACCUGGACAACGACGAGGAUACGGCUAGGCUCUUUGCGAGAGAGAGACAGUUGACGAGGAUGCGCAGCGAUCUUGGCCUCUCUGGCGACGAUGGACCCAACCAGGCACAGAUCGACGAGAGCCAUGCCAAUCGGUACAAGGACGAUCCGCGCAUCGCACAGGCCCGGCUAAUCAAUACACAUCCGUCGUACGAAAAGUCGCUGUGGAUUUUCUCCAACACCAAUGGGUUCCGUCGGUUUUGCCAAAGUAUCGUCCCACCCAGCUACGGCGAGAGGCUCUUUGGGCGUCAGCCGUCGAGAUUUCGCGUGCUGGUGUACCAAUCGGUCAUCUUUGCAGCUAUUGCCGCAUCGGUCAUCACUGCUGGUAUUGCCACGCCACUGUAUCGAAGGGAAUGGUACGGCGAACACGGCCUGCGAAGAGACUCGUGGUUCUCCAUUACCGAGGUGUCGCUCUCAAUCUUCUUCAUCUUGGAGUUCAUCGUCAAAGUGAUUGCCGACGGCUUCGCCUUCACGCCCAACGCCUAUCUCCUUUCUCCUUGGAACGCCCUUGAUCUCUUCGUGCUCUUCACGCUGCUGGUCAACGUCAUCACCGAACUCGUCGUCAUCGGCGGUGUCAGUCGAUUCACACGAGCACUCAAGGCUCUGCGUGCAUUGAGGCUGAUCAACCUGUCGAACCUCAUGCGUAGCGCCUUUUCCGCACUCGUCCAUGGAAGCGGCCGGUUCGUCGAUGCCUCUGUCUUGGCCAUUCUCUACAUUGUGCCGUUUGCCAUUUGGGGCCAGAAUCUCUUUUCGGGUCUGCUCUACAGCUGCACAGACGGAUCAGACGGCAUUUCGACAAAAGCAGAUUGCGUGGGAGAAUUUUCGACGUCGCCGAGCCAGUGGUCAUUCUUGGCCCCGCGAGUGUGGCAGAAUCCAACGGACGGAUCCGUGUACUCGUUCGAUGACUUUCGAUCUUCGCUCUUGAUCUUGUUCGAAAUUGUCAGCCUCGAAGGAUGGAUCGAUGUCAUGACGACAGCCAUGUCGAUCGCCGGCCGCGACCAGCAGCUCCAGCCCGACAAUCGUCAAGUCAAUGCGCUCUUCUUUGUCAUCUACAAUCUUCUCGGUGCCGUCUUCGUCCUCACACUCUUUGUCGCUGUCAUUAUUGAAAGCUUCCAGAAGUAUUCGGGGGCUGCCUACCUAACGACGGCGCAGCGCCAGUGGAUUGACCUCAAAAGGCUGAUCGGUCGACAGCGGCCAUCGAAGAGGCCGAAGGUCAGGCCGGCGGGCAAAUUGCGGUCGUGGUGCUACGAUCGGGCGGUGCACAAGCAUGGUUGGUGGUCGAGAGCUAUGACGUUCCUCUACUUCUGCUCCAUCAUUGCCCUGGCCACGCAGCGGUACGGCGACGCGCCCUGGGUUGAGCAGAUCCGCGACAUCGUCUUCCUCUGCUUUACUGCCGUCUUUACGGCAGACAUUCUCAUUCGCCUGACUGGCUUGGGAUGGAAGGCCUAUCGCCAAAAUGCUUGGAAUCUGUUCGAUCUAGUCGUCGUGGCGGGAACGUUGGCCACCACAAUUCCGCUCAUCAGGCCAGGGGGCGAAGAAGCCGCUUCAAAUGUGCAGUUGCAGAAAAUCUUCCUCACGGCCGUCGCGUUCAAGCUGGUCCAACGCAGCAACUCGCUGAACCAACUCUUCAAGACUGCCGUCUCUUCGCUGCCUUCGAUCGUGUCGCUCUUCUUGCUUUGGCUCACCAUGUUCCUUGUCUGGGGCAUUAUGCUCGUCGAGGUCUUUGGCCUGACGAAGUGGGGUGAGAACGAAACGUAUCAGAAGAACUUUUCGACACUUCUCGGCUCGCUCGUGUUCCUGAGCAUGAUGUCGACAGGCGAGGGCUGGAACUCGUACAUGCACGACUACACCCUCAGCCCUCCAGAGUGCACUCCCUCGGCGAGCUACCUCAACACCGAUUGUGGCAGCGAAGGCUGGGCGUACUUCUUAUUCGUGACGUGGAAUGUCAUCUCGAUGUACAUUUUCCUGAACAUGUUUACUGGUACCGUCGUCGAGAAUUUCUCCUAUGUCUUUCAGCUUGGCGGCAAGCCGACACUAUCGCGAGAGCAGGUUCGAAAUUUCAAGAAAGCCUGGGCCGCCGUCGAUGUCCAGCGCAAAGGCUAUCUGACAAAGGAACAACUCGUCCCGUUCUUCAACAAACUCACAGGUGUCCUCGACGUGAGAGUUUACCGUGGCGAGACAAGCAUUCAAGCGUUACUCAGCAGGUCCGAUGCACGCGGGAAGGGAGUAGCGGGUGGAAUGCCACAGUCGCCGUCAUUUGUUGAGAAUCUGCCAAAACUCCCGCUGGGGCGAAAUCGCUCGCCUGGAGGAGCGACUAGCCCGGCAAAGUCUGGCGCGAGGGAGGGGAAGGGUCACUUUAUGUGGCCGCCGUCUUCUCCUAGUUCCAAUUCUGUGGGGACAAUUCCGCUGGCGAGCCCCAACAGGCACGUCGUGGAUGGCGUCGAUAUCGACGCGCUUAGGAGAGCCCUGAGCGAGACGAUCGAUGCAUCUGAGAUUUUGAGGAGGAGAACGAGAUUCGAGCAUCUCUAUCAGGAAGCCUGCUUGCGGGCUGACGAGAAUGCCAUCCCAUCCUCGUCCAGGCGGAGACACGCAAACGCGACCGCAGCAUCGACUGGCGGCCUCAGAGGCGGCUUUGGCGGCAACGCUGGUGGGGCCAUCUCCGGUGGCGUCGGAGGAUUCGGAGGAAUCGGAGGACUCGGUUUCACUGGCGCUGGUCGUUCUGGCGCCGACGUACCGCACAACACGCCCAUCGAUGGUGGCGGCGUCCGGUUCCAUGAGAUGCUGGAGCUGCUGGCGCACUACAAGCUCAUUGACGACGACCAAGCUCUUUCGGUAGAGGAGCUGGUGCAAAGGAGGAUGUUGCUGGAGCGCGUCGAGGAUCGUAUCCAGCUCGAGAAGGUCCGGUCGGUGCUGCGAGGCAUGUGGCUCCGACGCAAAUUUGUCGUUCUGCGACGGAUUUCUCAGCAGCAAAUGCCCACUGGCGAUGUGCCUAUUAUUCAGGUUGAAGAGGACCGCGAGGAGUCGGAAAGAGGAUUCAACAGGCGAAGCGUCGAUCUCACGUCGUUCGAUUAUUCCUUUGAGUCUCCGAGCUCGAAGGGCUUACAAAAUGCCAGAAAACCCAACCUCAAGCUCGAAUUGGGCGGCGCUUCUUCGUCGCAGCAGCACGCAGACGCGCUUGCCCCAAGCCCGGUUGCCGUGGCCGGUGGACGUAGAGUGUCGGCAACAUCUAGCACACAGAGCCUCCAGGAGCUCGAACGGAAGGCAAGCCCCGUGCUUGAGGAAAUCAGUAAGGGCUCUGCGUGGGGCGCGGUCGGACGAAGGCUCUCGGCCCAUGGAAAUGUACCGGAGCCGCAAAGGCAGGGUUCUGGGUCCAUUGUGUCGCCCUUCUCACCGCCGUCGGCGAUGCAAGAGUAUAGACCACUGACAGAACCAAGUCCACCCGCUGCUACUUCGCCACCAACGUCUGGCGCAACGACGACAGGCGAAUGGCAAGAACCAAGCGCAGAGAGCUUCUAUCAGCCCAUAGCGGAACCCUAUGAACCGUUCCCUACACCGAGCCGGAGCGUCCCCUCCGAGACGCAUCAAGAGCAGCGACUGCUCUACUCGAGCCCACCGCAGGAUCCUGUGGAUGAAAAGUGGCGAGAGGGUUGAGCAGCUGGGGCUUGCUUACUUUGACUCUUUCAUAUGAGAUUACAUAGAGCAACACAAUUGAGUUUCUGGGAUGGUCGUCAUCAUUCAUUUUCUUUGGACAAUAACGUAGGCAUCAAUAUAUCAUUGCUGGGAG